AUGUCUGCUCCUUCGCCGUCCCCGACCUUGAUAUCCUCUUUUUCAGACUUGAGAGUCUUUCUCUCCUCGAUCCAACCGUCUAGCACGAUCUAUUUGGACCUCGAGGGCCAGAAUCUCAGCCGAAAUGGAACCCUUCUCCUCCUGAUCGUACUCGUCUAUCCCGCACAAGUAACAAAAAUCAUUGACGUACAAGAACUCGGGAUGUUAACUUUCUACACCUGCGGGUGGACCAACAGAAAGACUCUCAAAGAUAUCCUCGAGGAUCCUGACAUCUCCAAAUGUCUCUGGGACGUACGCAAUGACGCCGACAUCCUCUACGCCCACUACAAUGUCCGACUCGGGGGCGUCACAGACGUGCAGCUUCUUGAUAAUGCCUCCCGCGCCGACGACAAGACCUACCUCCGCGGGUUUGACCUUUGCGUCGAAAAGGACUUGAAGCUGCCGUUCAUGGACCGCCAUCGCUUUGCGAAAACCAAGAGAGAAGUACGGGCUUUGAUGCCCAACAACAUCUUAGCUCCCCGCCCUUUGGACGACCAGACGAUGCAGUACUGCGUCAACGACGUCAAAUAUCUGCCCCUACUACAGGAUGUCUACGUCAAGCGCAUCGACAAGCAAAGGAUGAAGAAGGCUAUGGAUGAGAGCGCCCAGCGCGUGGUCGACUCCUGCGGCGCCGCCUACGACCCGCAGUCCGAGAAGAAGAAGUUAAGGCCUUGGGGUUCGGGGUCAGCCGGAAACGAGUUGACAGUCGAUCAAUUUCUUGAGAUGUGGGAGGACAAGCGGAUGGAUGAUAUGCAACGGGAUUUGCUCGGAUAUGACAGCUAUGACGAUUACAACGACGAAGACCGCUACGACGAUGACCGCUUCGGAAUGUGCUCUAAAGACGCUGCAUUCGACGACACUUUCGAUAGUUGCUGGGAGAAAUAA